CCAGAGUUGGGGAGAUGGCGAGGUGACAGGCUCAUCGCUGGGGCCAGUCAGUACCUUCCUGUGAGUCAAGUCUAAACUGGGGCUGCGAAUGAUGGAAGAGCUAGAACUUAGGGCAUAUGUGAGAAGAAUGAAGUAUGACGGUUUGAGGCUUAACAAAAGGCAUAAAUAAGCAAAAAGUCCUGUCUUAGCUUUCACUUGAGACUUAGAGAAGCCAAUCCAGCAGCCCUAGGAAGGGCCUGGGACUCCUGGGUCAGAAUGAAUGGGGUUGCUCUGUUGUAUUCGAUUUCAAGUGCUGCGUUUACAGUGGUGAAUAAGGUACAGUCCCUGCCCUUAAGGAACUGUCUGCCUGGUGAGAGACACAGACAGUGCCUGUGAGAAGAUGACUGCCAGUGCAGGGUGACCCUUUGCUGAGGUGAAGCCCUUUAUUCUUGUCUCCGGCUCUUGUGGGGACUACCAGCUGCAGGAUGAACUGUCGCUCGGAGGUGCUAGAGGUGUCAGUGGAGGGGCGGCAGGUGGAGGAGGCUAUGCUGGCCGUGCUGCACACAGUUCUCCUGCACCGCAGCACGGGCAAGUUCCACUACAAAAAGGAGGGCACCUACUCAAUUGGCACCGUGGGCACCCAGGAUGUGGACUGUGACUUCAUCGACUUCACCUAUGUGCGUGUCUCCUCAGAUGAACUGGAUCGUGCCUUGCGCAAGGUGGUCGGGGAAUUCAAGGAUGCACUGCGAAACUCUGGUGGUGAUGGGCUGGGCCAGAUGUCCCUGGAGUUCUAUCAGAAGAAGAAGUCUCGCUGGCCUUUCUCAGAUGAGUGCAUCCCGUGGGAGGUGUGGACAGUCAAGGUGCAUGUGGUAGCCCUGGCCACGGAACAGGAGCGACAGAUCUGUCGGGAGAAGGUGGGUGAGAAGCUCUGUGAAAAGAUCAUCAACAUCGUGGAGGUGAUGAACCGGCACGAGUACCUGCCCAAGAUGCCCACGCAGUCGGAGGUGGACAAUGUGUUUGACACUGGCUUGCGGGAUGUGCAGCCCUACCUCUACAAGAUUUCCUUCCAAAUCACCGAUGCCCUGGGCACCUCAGUUACCACCACCAUGCGCAGGCUUAUCAAAGACACCCUUGCUCUCUAGGCCCCAUUAGGACCUCAGGUGCUCCUGGCUGACUCCUGACUUUGACUCUUGGAGAUCCCUGGGACUCUGGAACCUUCCACGGGUUCUUGAUGAGACUUGAAAGGGGCCACUCCUGGCUUCCUUGUUCUGUGGUUGCCAGUCUCUGGCUGACAGUCAAGUCUGGCCUACAUUGUACCUCCACACCUCUGGUGGAGGACCUACUUCCUUCUCCACUGUACGGAAGAGCCAUCACUAGGGUAGUGAAUAAAGUUGAGAAUGUAAGUUUGGGUUGA